UCGUCAUGCGUCAUUCAGUCGCAUCGUGCUGUGACAAAUUACGCAAUGUCUAACAACUGAUGUAAAAUAAGCAAUUUACCAAACAGUUGGCCAAAUUCCGUGUGUACACACACUCCGAUCGACCCAGCGAGGCACUUUAUCCACCUCCUGACCACUUCGAAAUGCUGCGCAGAACGGCAACGAUGGGAAUCAUGGCGGCGGUUGCCGUUAAAGCGACUCCCGAGCCCCAGAAACCAGCCUCCAGCGCGGCGGACUGCAGCCUGGUGUGCCGACCCAGCGAGCUGCCCAUCUACGGCAGCUUGCGCAAGACAGAACCCAAGCCAGAGCGGCAUCCACCACAAGACUCUGUGUUGCACAAGAACCUGGAGGCCGGAGUCCGCUUUGUGCGCGAGGAGGUGCAGUCUGGAUAUAAGGCGGUGGCCGAUCAGGCCGGCAUUGUCGGCCAUUACGUGGAGACCGCCAAGGCACACACCCAGUCCACCAUCGACAUGCUGAACGAGCCCCAGAACUCCCUGCACCGCAGCGGAGCCAUUGUGGUUGGCGGUCUGGCUGGUUUCAUCUUCGCCGCCCGUGGAGGCUUCAUCAAGAAGGUGUUGUAUUCGGGCAUUGGAGCUGGUGCAGUCGCCUCCAUGUGCUACCCCCGCCAGGCGGAAGAGAACUGCCGCGUGGUACUCUACGAGGGCCGUAAGAUCUUCGCCGUGGCCUACAACUUCAUCAAGGGUGUGAAGCCAGGAGAGGAAGUGCCCGCAGUGCCCUUCCCUACCUCGCUGGAGGACCUUAAGUACAUGGCCAGCGACCUGUACGAUGAGGCAAAGGAUCUUAUCUUCCCCAAAAAGAAGUAGGAAGUGCCCUCCCGCUAAAAGGGAACUCCUAGUCCACCUCCAUCCGGCCGUGAAGUGUGCAUCGAUUUAAGUUGUAUGAAGCUUGAAUUCUAUCCGAAAGUAGUUAUCUCUUUUCUUGUUGCCAGAAAUAAAUUGGCCUCGCGUCCCAAAAGUGAAA